AUGUUCACCCCGUUGCUAAGGGGGUGGCACAGUGAGAGUGCGACCAAUCUGCCUCUACAGAUUUGUCUCUACUUUAACCUCUAUUUCUUUCCAUUUUGGUGGGCGUGUGAAGUCAUCAUCCUGGAGCUGAAGAACCAAGUGCUGAGCAGUUCCUACCACAUCGUGCUGUGUGUCCUUCUCACCCUCAUCUCUCUGGUUGAAGUGAUCCGCCUUGACCUGGGUUACAUCGGCACCCUCCAGGAAAAGGUGCCUGAGUUGGCUGGUUUCUGGUUGCUAAACUUGCUGCUGCAGAUCCCAGUGACGCUGUUCGGUUGCUGUGACCAGCAGCUCAUGGUGUUGCCCCUGAGGUACGGUGUGAACCUGGUCUUUAUGGCUUUCCUGUUCAUUGAAACUGUGCUCACCGUCAGCAGACUCUGCUCAAUGGGCCACUAG